AAUUUCCCCACUAUUCAGAUCUACCUUUUCUUCACAAGACUCCCGCUGCGCUGACUCUCCAGUGUGCUCCCCCUUAAACCCCCGCGCAAUCUCUCCAAAAUCCUCCGAAACCCCUCUCAAAUCUCGACAAUGCUCUCCACUGAUUCCGACUUCGAUCUCAGACCACCGUCAACUCAGUCCAGUUUCGGAACCAGCGAGCACACGUUUGCCGAUGUUGGUAACUUGGACCACUGCGCCAAGUACCUGAACCAGACGCUCGUUACCUUCGGAUUUCCGGCUUCGCUCGAUCUGUUUGCAACUGAUCCGGUUUCAAUUGCGCGCACUUGCAAUUGCAUAUAUGCUCUGUUACAGCAAAGGCAACGGGAUAUCGAAUUCAGAGAGUCUGCUAAUGAGCAGAGACAACGACUCCUCUCCGACAUAUCAAGAUUAGAGGCCAAGGUGGAGAGGCUUGAAGCUCAAAUAUCCACAAAGGAUAGGGAGAUAGCAACAAUUACUCGAACGGAAGCUAAAACUACGGCAGCUUUCAAGGUCCAAGUUGAGAAGUUACAGCAGGAACGAGAUGAAUUUCAAAGGAUGGUUAUUGGUAAUCAGCAAGUGAGAACUCAACAAGUUCAUGAGAUGAAGAAGAAAGAAAAGGAGUAUAUAAAGUUGCAGGAGAGGUUAAAUCAAGUAUUGAUGGAGAAAAAGAAGGAAUCUAAAUCAGGCAUGGAAAUAAUGAAUUUACUUCAGAAAGAAGGACGACAACGUGGCACAUGGAAUGGAAAGAAGACUGACAAUGACUUCUAUAAAAAGAUUGUCGAUGCUUAUGAGGCAAAGAAUCAAGAACUCGUGUCAGAGAAUGCUGAUUUGAGGGCAUUGUUACGUUCAAUGCAAGUGGAUAUGCGUGAUUUCUUGAAUGCUCCAAAUGGUCUGUCCAAGCAGUCGUUUCCUGUUAAUGAAAGAAUAGACAUUGAUCCCUCAAAGUCCCCAUUGAGUGGGAGGACGGAUGUUUUUGACCUGCCUUUUCACAUGGCUCGAGAUCAAAUAGAAGAAAGUCUCCGGAAUAAAGUGGCUUCCAUAAAGGAACGCAUGGUUCAGCUACAAGAUGCACAAAAAGAAGCAGAAGUCACUUCUGAAGCAACUGAGAGGGAGCUUGAGCUUGAAGCUCAAUUAGUUGAGGCAAGGAGCAUAAUUCAGGAGCAGGCAUCCAUAAUGUCGAAACAUCUUGCCAAGCCUGACAAGCCAAGGCGACUGAAUGGCCACAUGAGUUCUGAUAGGGAUUCAAUCAUUUCAUCUCCAUCUGAGUCAAGUCUGCUUAACGACACUAUCUAUUUGCACUGAAUUGUUUGGACAUUGGUAUGGAAUGGAAGCACCGCUCAGCUGGCAAGUAAUCUACACAUACUCAUAUCACCAAAUUUAUGUAGGAUAUGCACAUAUCUCUUAUGAUGGGAAAAGAUAGGAAAGGUAAAUGAGAGAAGCUAACUUUCUCUCCCCUCAUAUUUCAUUUCUCUUUCCCUUGAAGGAAAUUGUGGGGUUGUCUUGUAUGGUGAAGGAAAUCCUUUGUGGUAUAGUUCGAAGGGAAUUACUUUGAGAGGGAUAAGAUUAUUCACAAGGAAAAACUAGUUUGAUGAUGAGUUUUGUUGCAUCGUAAUAUUCUUAAUAAUAUUGGUUUUGAUCAUACUAACCAAUGUUGGUUCUCCAGGGCAUGUGAAAUCAUCAAAUUUGAGUUGCUGACUCUCCAAUGCCAGCUUCCGAAA